CGAUUUAAAAAUAGUAAUUAUUUAAGUAACAGUGAAUCUAUCAGUAUGUUUUAGUUUAUUAAGUGUUAAGUUAGCCGGUACAACAAAAUGUUUCAUUUAGUGUUAAUACAAGCUAUAUCUCUUCUAUCUUUAUCAAUAAACAAUGUAUCAGGAGUACAAGCGAUUGGUGGUUUAAUUCGGUCCCAAAAAGGAAUAUAUUCUGUAGAUUUGGGUGGAUGUGGUAAUAUUCAAAAAGAAUGUUCAAGUUUGCGUGACGACCUUAAUAUUUUGUCUUGUGCACUAAAUGCAACACGUAACAAUAAAACACAGGCUAGCUUACUUUGUCAACACAAAGUAUGGAUGCACCAGGCUGAAUUACUUGAUAAUGCCUACAUAGAUUACAAAAUCAAAGAACCAUGCCAAGAUGAAGCUGCUAUAAUAGAUUGCUUGAAUCCUUCCGAUUUAAGUAUAGAUUGCAUUUUAAAAAGGAAGCCCAGUGUGAAAGAUAAAACAUGUUUGAAUCUCAUUGACAAAAUAGAGUUAUUAAUUUUUAAUGACUGGUUAAUAACAGGCAACUUUUUAAGACACUGCUUUGAUGACAUUAACACAUACAGUUGUGGCAGAAUUCCUACAGACUUAAGGAGUAUGUCACAAUCUCAGACAUUAAAUUGUCUACAAGGAUUAGUUGAAAAUCUCCGUCCUGAGUGCCAAUCUGAAAUUAUAGUACUGAAUGAACUGAAAUAUAACACUAUACAAUUGGAUAAAAUUGUUUUUGCUGCUUGUAAUGUAGAUGGGAAAAACUUUUGUGCUGAUGAAGUGCCUGGUUCCAGAUUAAUGUAUAAAUGUCUUGUUAGACAUAAAUAUGAAAAAGGUAUGACAAAAACAUGUCAAGAUCAACUAUUUUAUGUCCAACGAAAUGUGGUUAACAAUUACAAAAAUAGUAAAGGAUUAGUUAAGUCUUGUAAAGAUGACAUCAGAAAAUAUCGCUGUAGGAAAGGUGUGGUGGAAGACAAAGAAGUGAGACUUGCACAAAUAUUGUUAUGUUUGGAAAAUAUAUCUCGAAAUGACAGCACAAAAUUGACACCUGAGUGCAUUGCAGAAAUGACAGAUCAUAGAAAGAUGUUAAUGGAAGAUUACAGGCUAUCUACUGAAUUGAUGCAAAACUGUGCAAAUGAUAUAACAAGCUUGUGCAGAGGCAUUGCAGCUGAAGGCAAAAUAAUACACUGUUUAAUGGAGCAUGCUAGACCUAAGAAGAAAAAGGAAAAAAGAAUAAGUGUGACUUGUCAAAGGUCAUUAGAAGCUUUGGUUCAAGAAGCAGAUCCUGGAGAAGAUUGGAGAGUAGAUCCUAUUUUACGUAAAGCAUGUAAACCUGUAGUUGAUAAAGCUUGCAGGGAAAUUAAUGGUGGUAAUGGUAGGGUUAUGUCAUGUUUGAUGGAAAAGCUUGGAACUGAAUCGAUGACACCUGACUGUGAAACUGCAUUGCUGCAAAUUCAAUAUUUUAUAUCAAGAGAUUUCAAACUUGAUCCCCAAUUAUAUAAAGCAUGUAUAUAUGAUGCUGUGACUCAAUGCAAAGCUAAACUACAAUGGGCUGAUGCUAGUGAACAUCAAUCAGCAAAAGAUCCUUUAAUUCUCCCAUGUUUAUAUAAUUAUGCAUAUAAUUCUGCACUAAGAGGUAUAUUAAAACCUGCAUGUGAACAGCAAGUCCGGAGAGUAAUGAGGCAGAGGGCUGUUAGUGUAGAUUUGUUACCUGAAAUUGAAGACCUUUGUAUUGAUGAUUUGACUAAUUUGUGUUUUGAGAAUACAGGUAAAGGUGAAGAAAUAAUGUGUUUACAAAAUAAAAUUAAAGAUUUGUCACCUAAAUGCCGAGAAGUAGUAACAAAUUUCACUGAAACACAAAGUGGACACAUUGAACUCAAUGCUAUUGUUAGCACCAACUGUCGAAUACCUAUAGAAAAACUGUGUUCAUCAGAACUAAACAGUAAAAAAGAUGAUGAUGAUGUACUGGAUUGUUUGAUUGCUCACAAAAAUGAUGCACAAGUAAAGGCAAAUGUAAAAUGCAGAGCAGCAAUAGAACAUGAACAGUUAAUUGCAUUAAAAAAUUACAGAUUUACAAGGAAAUUCAAAAAUGCUUGCAAAUCUUAUGUUGUAAGAUUCUGUCCUAAAGCACAAACGAAAAGCCAGGUUGUUACAUGUUUAAGUGAAAUUGUAAGAAAUGAUACAAUUACUCGAAGAAAACACACAAUAUUUAAAGAUUGUCGUCAACAGUUAAGAAGCCAAUUAUUUCAACAAAAGGAAAACAUAGAUUUAGAUCCGGAUCUCAAAGAGGCGUGUUCUAGAGAUUUACAAAUGUAUUGUCCUGCAGUACCUCACGGAGAGUCGGCAGCUUUAGAAUGUCUUCAAACUGCUAAAGGAAAGUUAAGUGAAGGAUGCAGAAAAGCUAUUUUUGUUGUUCGAAAACAAGAGUUUACAGACAAUGCUAUAGACUAUCACUUGAUAACCAGCUGUAAUGAUAUGAUAGACCUAUACUGUCACAAUACAGAAGCUUCUAAUAUUUUAGAUUGCCUAAAAGUUCAUCGUCAAAAACCAGAUUUUGAUGAAAAUUGUAAGAUUGUUAUUGUUAAUAGAAUGAUUGAGCAAAACAUGGAUUAUCGUUUCAACAAUAAUUUGCAAAAUGCAUGCAAAAUGGAUAUUAAAAAAUUUUGUUUCAAGAUUAUAGCAACUGAACCACAAGAUAUUGAAUUACAAGGCAAAGUAUUGUACUGUCUAAAAGAAAAGUUCAGAGAAUCUAAGUUAUCUUCUACAUGUGAAAAUGAACUUGCAAAUAUAUUAAAAGAGCAGGCUUUAAAUUACCGUCUGGAUCCGUUACUGGGAAAAUUGUGUAAAGCAGAAAUACAAACCAUUUGUUCAACAUCAAAAGAUUCUGAUACAAAUGCUGAUGGUCAGGUAGAAGAAUGUUUAAAGAAUGCCUUGUUAAGUCAUAAAAUAGUAUCAGCUGAAUGUGCUCAGGAAGUUGCACAAAUAAUAGAGGAAACUGAAGUCGAUAUUGACGCUGAUCCUUUACUAGAGAGAGCAUGUGCAUUGGAUUUAUUGAAGUAUUGUAAAGAAUUAGAACAUGGUGCUGGACGACGACUCAAAUGUUUAAAAAUAAUAUUGAAUGAUAGUAACAGAAAAUUGGAAGCUGAAUGUGAAAAACAACUAUCAAGCCGUUUGGAAAUGUACAGAUAUGUUGCAGCAAAUCAUGCAGAAAAUUUAGGAGACAUAUACAAUGAACUCUCAUCAUCACCGUCAAAGAAAUACUUUCUAGUUGUGGGUAUUUCAGUUGUUGGACUAAUUUUCAUAUUUGGUUUAUAUUGUGGUCGUAUGACAAAGCAUGCAAUGUAUGUUAAAAGAAAAUAAUCCAAUUGUGAAUCAUGUAUUAUUACAA